UGCAAAGCCUACAUUAGAGUUCUUCAUUAUCACCAUACAAGUGGGCUUCCUCCAUUGAUUUCUUGUCCUGGAGAAUCUGUCCACAAAUCACUGAUCACCCCACCCCAAACCUUCCGCUUUCCUCCUUCUCCAGUUCCUCAAUUAGACAUUUGCAGUCACUCUCCACGUUUAAAGGUGUAUAUCCUCUAGUCGUCGCCUCCUCCUAAUUCCCUUCAAUAUCGUCGUGGCCUCUGCUUCCUCUGUCAAGUAGGAUCGAGCAAAUGGGGAAUCCUCCUCCUCUGUCCUCCCGAUUCCUCCUCGCCUCGUCUGUUUUCUCCGCCGCCGAGUUCCGCUCCACUCAUGAGUCCGAAGGUCAGGACACGCAUAUAACCUUGAUUGCCGUCGGCCGUUACGUUUACCAGGAGAGAGUGGCGACAACUUCGAAUUUGGAAGAGUCGACGACAAUCUUGCCCGCAAAAGAGUGAACGACGACUGCGAGCAGAGAGGAGAGAGAGAGAGGUGAAUCGGAGGGAGCGUCUAAGCAGGCUAUAGGGGACGCGGCGGCGGCGAGUAGAGAGAUUGAGAGCGGCGGUGGGGGAAUGCAAGAGAAGACAGUUAGGGUUUGUUGAAUUAUAAAAAAAAAUUAUUUUUUAUUUUUUAAUAGGAGAAAUGAGGUGGAAAUUUUAAAAUAAUAAAUAUUAUUUAUUUUAUUAUUUUUCAAUUGACAUGUCACAUAUUUAACGGCCAACUAUAAGAGUUUUUUUUAUAGGAAAACUAUAAGAGUUGACUGCCAAAUAAGCAAAAGUUAACGGAGUUAGACGGAAAGUGACCAAAGUUGAAAUGUUUUACUAAUUUUGGUGACCACGAAUAAAAUUAAAUAUUUUUA